AUGUCUUACAUAGAUGACGAACAAGCGAAUUCCCAGGUUACAAAACCCGGACCUGGACCUGGAGCAGGGCCUGAUGAAAAUGGGAGACAAGCCGAGGACCAGGGUAUUGUCACCGUAGAGGAUGGAAUCAUUGAUACCAACUGGGAUCAAGUGGUAGAAAACUUUGAUGACAUGGGGCUGAGAGAAUCGCUCCUCAGGGGUAUCUAUGCCUAUGGUUUUGAGAAACCAUCUGCAAUCCAACAGAGGGCGAUAUUGCCCUGCUGUGAAGGAAAGGAUGUUAUUGCCCAAGCCCAGUCCGGAACUGGUAAGACGGCAACCUUUGCUAUCUCCAUCCUCCAACAGCUCAAUGUUGAGGAGAAGCAGUGCCAAGCCCUCGUCUUGGCCCCAACCAGGGAGUUGGCCCAACAGAUUCACAAGGUAAUUGUGGCCCUCGGCGACUACCUAGAAGUGAAGUGCCACCCCUGCAUCGGAGGCACCAAUGUCCGUGAUGACAUGAACCUCCUGUCCGAGGGUGUGCAGGUCAUCGUAGGCACCCCAGGCAGGGUGUUUGACAUGCUCAAAAGGAAGGUCCUCUCGCCCUUCAAGAUCCGCAUGUUUGUCCUGGAUGAAGCCGAUGAGAUGUUGUCCAGGGGUUUCAAGGACCAGAUCUACGAUGUCUUCAGCUGGCUCCCAUCAGAAGUACAGGUUGUACUGCUGUCUGCCACCAUGCCGGUUGACGUGCUGGAGGUCACCAAGAAGUUCAUGAGAGAUCCUAUCAGGAUCCUGGUGAAGAAGGAAGAACUGAGUUUGGACGGUAUCAAGCAGUUCUACAUCGCCGUUGAGAAGGAGGAGUGGAAGCUCGACACCCUGUGUGACUUGUACGAGACAUUGACCAUCACACAAGCCGUCAUCUUCUGCAACACCAGGAGGAAAGUCGAUUGGCUUUGCCAGAAGAUGCACGAAAGAGACUUCACUGUUUCCAUCAUGCACGGAGACAUGGACCAGAAGGAGAGAGACAAGAUCAUGAAGGAGUUCCGCACUGGCUCUAGCCGAGUGCUCAUUUGCACUGACCUGCUGGCUCGAGGAAUCGACGUCCAGCAAGUCUCACUGGUCAUCAACUAUGACCUCCCUACCAACAGGGAAAACUACAUCCACAGGAUUGGCCGUGGAGGCCGUUUCGGUCGCAAAGGAGUGGCCAUCAACUUUGUUCCAGAUGAAGAUAAGCGCAACCUACGGGAUAUUCAACAGUUCUACAAUACUCAAGUAGACGAGAUGCCCAGUAAUGUUGCCGAUCUGGUGUAG